AUGAACAACUUCAAGUUAGGGGUAGAUGUGGUUAGUGCUCACAAUCUAUUGCCUAAAGAUGGUCAAGGUUCAUCCAAUGCAUACGCAGAGCUUUACUUUGACGGCCAAAAGUUCCGUACGACCAUCAAAGAAAGGGAUCUUAACCCUGUUUGGAAUGAGAGCUUCUACUUCAAUAUAUCUGAUCCUUCUAAACUUCACUAUCUCACUCUUGAUGUCUAUGUCUCCAGCCAUGCCAAAGCUUCUAACUCCAGUUCAUUUCUUGGCAAGGUUAACCUCACUGGGACUUCUUUUGUCCCUUAUUCUGAUGCGGUUGUCUUGCACUAUCCAUUGGAAAAGCGUGGUCUUUUCUCUCAUGUAAGAGGAGAGAUUGGCCUUAAAGUUUACAUUACUGAUGACACAACCAUAAAAUCCUCAAACUCAACUCCUGUCGUGGAGUCCAUGUCAACAAAUAAUCCCAGCUUAUCACAUGCAGGGGUUCGUGCACCUGCAAAUGCAAUGAUGAACAGUUUAUCUAAUGAAAAGGUUGAGUCAAGACACACAUUUCAUCAUCUCCCUAACACAAACCAUCACCGGCAUCAACACCAUUCCUCUGCCUUUGCAGAUGCUCAUUAUGUAACAAAGUACGAAGAUGAUGAAAUGAAAUCUGAACCACAACCUAUGAAGCUAGUACGCAUGCACUCUGCAUCUUCAGCACAACCAGUUGAUUUUGCGCUUAAAGAAACAAGCCCAUUUCUUGGCGGAGGAAGAGUUGUUGGGGGUCGAGUAAUUCAUAAAGACAAGACCUCAAGUACAUAUGAUCUUGUAGAAAGAAUGUAUUUUCUAUAUGUUAGGGUUGUUAAGGCUCGUGAGCUUCCUGCUAUGGAUGUUACCGGGAGUCUUGAUCCAUUUGUUGAGGUGAGAAUUGGCAAUUACAAAGGUAUUACUAAACACUUCGAUAAGAAUCAGAAUCCAGAGUGGAAUCAGGUGUUUGCCUUUUCAAAGGAACGGAUGCAAGCAUCUGUACUAGAAGUUGUGAUCAAAGACAAGGAUCUGAUCAAAGAUGAUUUUGUAGGCAUUGUGAGGUUUGACAUCAAUGAGGUUCCUUUGAGAGUACCACCAGAUAGCCCUUUGGCACCAGAGUGGUAUCGCCUUGAGGAUAAGAAAGGGGAGAAGAUAAAAGGUGAGCUGAUGCUUGCUGUCUGGAUUGGUACACAAGCAGAUGAGUCUUUUUCUGAUGCAUGGCAUUCAGAUGCAGCUACACCUGUUGACAGCACACCUGCCACCUCCACAGCGAUACGUUCAAAGGUCUAUCAUGCACCAAGGUUGUGGUAUGUCCGUGUCAAUGUUGUAGAGGCACAAGACUUGGUUCCUACAGAGAAAAAUCGUUUUCCAGAUGUGUAUGUCAAGGUGCAGAUAGGAAACCAAGUGUUGAAAACAAAGACAGUUCCAGCCCGAAGCCUAAACCCACUGUGGAACGAGGAUCUUUUGUUUGUUGCUGCUGAACCUUUUGAAGAUCAUCUAGUCCUUACAGUUGAAGAUCGGGUUGGUCCCGGAAAAGAUGAGAUCAUUGGGAGGGUCAUCAUACCACUGAACUCUGUGGAGAGGCGCGCUGAUGAUAGAAUCAUUCAUUCUCGAUGGUUCAACCUGGAAAAGCCAGUUGCUGUGGAUAUUGAUCAGUUAAAGAAAGAGAAGUUCUCUAGCAGAAUUCAGCUCCGUCUUUGUUUAGAUGGAGGAUAUCAUGUUCUUGACGAGUCUACUCAUUACAGCAGCGAUCUCCGCCCCACAGCAAAGCAGCUAUGGAAGCCACCGGUUGGGGUUUUGGAACUUGGAGUGCUGAAUGCCGUAGGACUCCAUCCAAUGAAAACACGGGAUGAUAGGGGAACAUCUGAUACAUACUGUGUAGCAAAAUAUGGUCAUAAAUGGGUCAGAACAAGGACUAUUGUUGAUAAUCUGUCUCCAAAAUACAAUGAGCAAUACACUUGGGAGGUUUUUGAUCAGGCCACAGUCCUCACUGUAGGUGUGUUUGACAACAGCCAGAUCGGGGAAAAGGGUAAUGGUACAAAAGACUUGAAAAUUGGCAAGGUUAGAAUCAGAAUCUCAACACUGGAAACAGGCCGGAUUUACACUCACUCAUAUCCAUUGCUGGUUCUUCACCCAACUGGGAUUAAGAAGAUGGGUGAACUGCACUUGGCAAUACGGUUUUCAUGCAUUUCUUUUGCAAACAUGCUUUAUCUAUACUCACGACCACUGCUUCCAAAAAUGCACUACGUAAGGCCUUUCUCCGUGAUGCAGCUUGACAUGCUACGUUACCAAGCAGUCCACAUAGUGGCCGCACGACUUGGCCGAGCAGAACCACCACUUCGUAAGGAAGUGGUGGAAUACAUGUCAGAUGUUGACUCACAUCUCUGGAGCAUGCGUCGAAGCAAGGCAAAUUUCUUCCGUCUGAUGACAGUCUUUUCUGGUGUAUUUGCUGUUGGGAAGUGGUUUGGUGAUAUCUGCAUGUGGAUGAAUCCUAUUACAACAGUGCUGGUUCAUGUGUUGUUCCUCAUGCUAGUUUGCUUCCCAGAAUUGAUCUUGCCAACUGUUUUUCUCUACAUGUUUUUGAUUGGGGUAUGGAACUUCCGUUACCGACCCAGGUACCCUCCUCACAUGAAUACAAGAAUCUCACAAGCUGAAGCAGUGCACCCUGAUGAGUUGGAUGAGGAGUUUGACACUUUCCCCACCAGCCGGAACCCUGACCUUGUGAGAUUGAGAUACGACCGUUUAAGGAGUGUUGCUGGAAGAAUUCAAACAGUGGUAGGUGAUUUGGCUAGCCAAGGAGAGAGGAUUCAAGCACUGUUAAGCUGGAGAGACCCACGUGCUACAGCCAUCUUCAUUACGUUCUGUCUUCUGUCUGCCUUGUUGCUGUAUGUUACUCCUUUUCAAGCGGUGGCAGGUUUGGCAGGGUUCUAUGUCAUGAGGCAUCCGAGGUUUCGCUACAGGACACCAUCUGCCCCAAUCAACUUCUUCCGUCGUCUGCCUGCAAGAACAGACACUAUGUUGUAG